AUGGAGCCCGACGAGAACGCGAUCCGUUGGGCGGGCAUCCAGUUGGGUAAUACCAGUCCUGACGCCUGUCCGCAAGCGAACCUGCUCUCCACCAAGCGCGUGCAGCUUCUCGCGCUGCAAGACGCCGUGCUCCGCUUCCUGGCCAGCCUCCCGAACCAAGAGUGGACGGUGGUCGGCUGCCAGUUCCUGUUGGAAGCUGGAGGAAGAUGGAACGCCGUGGCCGUGGCGUCGCUGCUCGACAAGGUGAUGGCCCAAGCCCGUGACAAGACGCUAAUGCUGGCCGAGAUCUGCUGGAUCCGCAGCGUCUCGCCCGCCGUGCGCGCACUGGCCAGCAACGCUCCAGUCAUGAUCUCGUCCGCUCUAAAUGACAACAUGCUGUUCGCCGCAGAGGACUACUUCCUCUACGACGAGACGCGUCGCUGCGUCUUCUGCUGGGCCGAUGAGUGGGAGGCAGACCAAAGCAAAGAGAUCUGGCGCUUCGUCCCCGCGAGUCCAAGCUUGACGGACUUCUACAUCCUCAGCGUGUACUCCCAGGAGUAUCUGAUCGCGUCCGACGUCGCUGCGUCCGAGACAGCGGAGGGGUAUGGAGAGAAGAGAGCUUUCACGUGGCGUGGAGGCGAACUACCAGGAGAGGGGGGACUGUGGAGACUGAUCCCAGUCGACGGCGCGUUCGCGAUCUAUAACCCGGCCCAGGACACGUAUUUGAUGUCCCCUCCAGCCUCGGGUUCGGCGUUCAGACGCCUUGUACUUACCAGCAACUACCGGCCGCUGGAUCAAUCGUGGAACGAGUGCCACAAGUGGGGGAUCAAGCCAGCCGCGCCGUCGCUGCUGGAGCGCAGUCUUGACGCCUUCUUCGGGAAGGACUACACUGCCGCGGUGGACUUGCUUACGUCUCUCUUGGACGCCGGCAAGCCGUCUCCUGCCGCCAGUAUGAAGGUGUUCUGGUACCGAAUGGUGGCCAACCUGCGUCUUCAGAAGAAGGACUUGUUCCGUGAGGACGCCGAGUUGCUGAACAAGCUCGGCGGGUGCCCAAAGUACUUCUUGGAUGCGAUCAAGGAGGUGCUGGGGGACGACUUGACGGCGGCGGAGAGCGCGGAGUUGGCGCAGCGUGUGCACUACAAGUAG